AAGACUAAGAUUAGAAUUAUAUACGAACCUUGACAUUCUGACUUCUAGUGUGAAUAAUCUGUUUCGCAUAUUGUCGGUACUCGUACACGAGCAAAAAACUUUAAAUCCCAUAGACAUACUUAUUGUCAAACUCUGA